CAUUCGUAAUCAUUCGUAUUCACUCGUGUUCACUCGUGUUUGCUCGCUUUCACUUGACUCCUCCCAUUUUUACUGUGCAGCGCAGAUUUGCGGGUCUAUCUGUUGAGUGAUUGUCAAAAUUGAUUGGAUUCUUCCUGUGUGUAUCGUGGUUCCUAGCGAAAAGCAUACUUGCAUUCAACAAUGCCGGAGGCUGUGGAAAUAAAAUCCAGUUGGGCAGAUGACGUCGAGGAGGAGGCAGGAGUUUUGCCACCUCCAUCCGAGGUAUACGAAAAUGGAUUCAAAAUUCUCACCGAAUACAAAUACAAUGCAGAUAAUAAGAAGGUCAAGGUAGUACGAACGUACAAAAUAGAGAAGCGCAUCGUGUCGAAGUCUAUUGCUGCUCGCAAGAAUUGGGCUAAGUUCGGAGAAUCAGCAGGCGACAGGCCAGGACCUAAUCCCGCAACUACGGUUAUAGCUGAAGAUGUUUUCAUGCAAUUCAUCUCCAGCAAAGAAGAGGAGAACAAACCUGAGGAGGAUUCCCUGGAUAAAUUGAAAAGCAUGGGUGAUAAAGGAAUCGUCAAGUGCCGUAACUGCAAUGGAGAACAUUGGACUUCAAAGUGUCCUUACAAGGAUACCGUUCUUGCUGGAGGUAAAGUACCGGAUGAUAAGAAGCCUGUUGUCGGUCCUGGAGUGCCUGGAGCUAUUGCCGAUCUUACCAAACCUCAAGGCAGCAAAUAUGUACCACCGAGCAUGCGCGAUGGAGGCAGCAAACGAGGUGAUUCUAUGCAGUUACGCCGUGACGAUACCACUGCUAUUAGAAUUUCCAAUUUGUCUGAGAGUACUUCCGAUGCCGAUUUGGAUGAACUGGUCAAGCCAUUUGGUUCCGUUCUUAAAUUCUAUCUUGCCAAGGAUAAACAGACCAAUCUCUGCAAAGGUUUUGCUUAUGUACACUUCAAAUCUAGAAGCGAAGCCGCAAGAGCUAUUGCUGGCUUGAAUGGCUAUGGGUAUGAUCACUUGAUUCUCAAUGUGGAUUGGUCAAAACCACCCGCACAAAGUAAUUAAAAAUGUCUAGAUUAAUCCUGUGGAUAACCAAUAAUACAUUUUUUUGAAUCUAUAACAUACAAACCAUGGACAUGAUAUCAGUCCUGUUGAAUCAAUCAAUGUUUCAUACUAUAUUUCUUAUUUCCUCUAUGUACACUGGCGGACUCAAUUAUCAUCACUGUUGAUACGGUGCCACUGGAGUAAGAUGGGAAGGCAUUUAUGUUUGCCAGUGUACAUUAAAAGCGUAUUCAGGAAAACAGUUUAGUGCAUAAUGUCGAAUUUGCUUGACCAUUAAAUCUAUUCUGUAACAUUUGAAAAUUAUCGUACCUUGUAAGAUAUAUUGUUGAAUUGAUUGGUCCAUAAAUCUCUGUACUCAAUGAGUCAAGUUUUCGAA